AUGACAGAUCUGCUCUACCGUUUCAAGCGUUACAACCCUGGAAAGAAGCUCAACCUCAGCUUCAUUGCCGAUCCUCCCCCUCUUCCCGAAGGCAUGACCGAAGAGAUGAUCGAGGACUAUGAGGGGGAGGAUGCCCCAGAAGAUGCUCCUGCCGAUGCCGAGGAGGCCACUGCCGAGGCCGAUGAGGCCGCUGCUGAGACCGAGGAGGCCGCUGUCUGA